UGGUAUUCAAUCCAGUAAACAUUGUUUGUCAAAUCAUAUGGAAUAUUAACUGAAUUGCCAAUGCCCGGAAAACACAUGUUACGACGAUCAAGAAAGAAAUAUGACUCGGAAUAAUCGGCAAAGACCUACGCAACGAACAAAGGACUACGAUUGGAAGCUUGGCACAUGGAACUACAAAUCGCUUGGCUUCCCAGGAUACGACCGAAUGCUGCAUGAUGAGCUUCAAAUCCGCGGCUUCAACAUCGUAACACUGCAGGAACUUUGUUGGACGGGACAGGUGUGGAAAAGUGGGCUUCGAGCGGCUACCUUCUAUCAGACCUGUGGUACAACAAGCGUUCUAGGAACGGGAUUUGUAGUGUUGGGCUUGUAGCUAGCUUGUUUCAAUUACCGUGCAAUCACAUUGCAGAACGCCGCCUACAAGGUACUCUCCUAAAUCCUUUGCCGUCGUCUAUCACUAAUAGCCAAGGAAUUCGUAGAGCCGUGCCAAGCGGGAUUUACUGGGGCCCGUGCCACUACGGAUCACAUAUUCGCGAUAAGACAAGUACUCCACAAGUGUCGUGAAUACAACGUACCCACGCAUCACCUAUUUAUUGACUUCAAAGCGGAAUACGACACAAUCGAUCGAGAACAGCUAUGGCAGAUCAUGCACGUAUAUGGCUUCCCGGAGAAACUGACGCGAUUGGUCAAAGCAACGAUGGAUAGAGUGAUGUGCUGUCCGAGUAUCCGGGACGCUCUCGAGUCCUUUCGAAUCACGGAAAUGGCUACGACAAGGUGAUGGACUCUCUUGUACCUUGUUCAGGACUAUAGCUGUUAGGUAAGGGUACCGUCAAUUUCUUGAAUCAAGCUCUCUUCAAGCCACGAGUUAUAUCUCUACAGAGUGGAAAAUUUGCUGUUAAAUCGUUUGGGAGGUUUUUAUUGGUGAUUGGAUCAGAUAGGAACAUUUCCGAAAUUGUUCUAGACCAUCGAGCAAACGUUCUUUACUCUUUGGUGAAAAUGUAUCAUGGUGAUUUGAAUUUUAUAUUCGAACGAACAAUUUCAGAGUGUAAUCAAACUAAGUUUUCCGAUAAGAUUUACAACAUCAUUGAAAGUUACCUACCACUCCUGCUGUACAACGGUAACAUUUUUCAGAAUGUUUCUAGUUUAAAAAUACCGAAAAGCGCAAGUACCCUAUACUUGGAAACAAACCAAAUUCUGCAGAGCUUUCAACAAAUAAAAGGAGUGUUGGGUGGAUGUAUUCUGUAUCAUAACAAAGUUGUUGCUAGCCAGUUACCUGACAGUCUUACCAAAAUAAUCACGCUCUCUGACUUAUAUCGUACAAAAUCUUUCGAGCAUAUUGCAGUUAACUAUCAUAUUCCAGUCGGCGUUACACUAAUUAAUGCAUACAUCACUACUACUGAUUACAUGGAUCUAGUACGAUCAUCAAAUCAAUCAUAUAAUUUAUUUGCUAUAUCUGCUACGAAAGAUACUGCUCCAUUCAUGAUGCGUAAAAAGUCAUAUUCAAGAGAUGGCCAUUCUAUGAUGAAACGUGACAAAUCACUAAUAUUCACUAAUAUUCCUGAGGAAGGAGCAGGCGAUGUGUCUGGAUUGGUUAAAUCAGAGAAUCAAAAUAAGAACAUUUUCAGUCGACCUACAAAUUUACCAUUGUUAGCAACUAAUUACACAUCAUUGGGAGCAAUGGAAUCUGGGUUUAACUCAAUAAAUUUUGACGAAUCUGAUAGUUUUCCAAACUUUAUUGGAAAAACUAGUGUAUGCUCUACGCCUAUGACAGAGAAUAAAUUACUGUCACAUGGUAAUGUAUUAUCAAUUUGCGCUCUUAACGAAGACAUAGAUGUAUCUGAUAAAUCGACAAUAGUGAAUCCCGACAGCAAAGCAUAUUCAACAGUUAUUAGAUCAAACCUACUUUCACCAUUUAUAGAGAGUGAGGAAAAAAGCAAAGCUGUCAAUUAUGUUACGAAUUUGGAUAGAAAAUCUUACAAUUUCAGCAACAAAAGGGCAUCUUUUCCAAAUAUUAACGAAUUUGUUUCUAUAACAAAUAAAGAGAUUUCAAGAAAUGGAAAUGAAAUUCCCAAGCUAUCAAAUUUAAGACGUGAAAACUUUUGUAAAACCGUGGCUGACCCCACUUAUCCGCUCUUUAGUGCAAACGGUGAUGCGGUUUCAUGCAAUCUAUUCAAAGAAUUUCUCAACCAACACUACAAUGCACUACAAAAAUGUGCUGAUGAUGCUUUACAUUCUAGUGUACCCAUUGUUCAUGCUAAUUAUGCAAUGAAAAUUUUCAGUGUAGAAAUGAAUAACGAUUAUGCCGCAAUUCAGCAAUUAAAAAAUGUUAAGGAAAAACGAAAAGAGCUCAACUUACCGCUAAAAUCUCUGAAUAUCGAUUUGAGGACUACAGAAAUACCGCAAUCGGGCAAUAUGUUUGAAUCUCCCGUUCGUUGCAAAAAAAUGUCUGGACUGCAGCUAACUCCUUUGAUGACUAAGCUUACAUUGCUAGCUAUGAAUGAUCAAGAGUCUAGUGGAGUUUCUAGUUGGGAUACGACACCUGGUUGCAGUUUUAAUAAGACACCAUUAGAUUAUCAUCCAAUAAUGAGACAUUCGAAAUCAAUAGCUUAUGCGAAAAGUUUUUCUGAUAAUGAUAGUGCAUCCGAAGAAGAAGUUAUUCAACUUACAAAAGUAGAAAUUUUCAUCUGCGUACAACAAAACAUGACACUUGUCAUGGUUUUGCAAGAGAAGAGCAGUGAAGAAGAAGAGAUCAUUAAUUCAUUGUUUGAAACCUGCAUAUCAAAGUUAACUAGAAUCGAGCAAAGUUUGCAUCAAGCAAUGAGCAUAAGCGUAGAAGGCUGUGAUAAGAGAGAUGGAGGAUACAGCUUCAUAUUCCUUGAUUCCAAAUGGGAUAUUAAUAAUAGAUGUGGACCGUGGAACCCUAAAGAUUUGUUUACAUUAAAUUCAUUACACAAUAAUUUCUACUGCAAUAGAAAGUUGGUUGAAGUUACGUUAAGAACUCAAGAUGCUGUGGUGUAUGCUUACCGUUGUGGAAGAUCUGAGAUUUACUAUCUACAAUCAUCAAUAGCAUUUCCUGGCUUACCGCCACCACAAGAUAUCAUGGGAACUAUCUCACUCUGUGCCAAACGAAGACUAGAACGGGACCAUCGAAUUCUACUCUUGUGAAUAUUCAAAUGAUGUAUGGUCAUAAUUCAUACGAAAAAAUCAUAUAUGAAUUUAUAUCCGAACAUUCCACAUACAACUGUUCUUGAUUUAUGAAAUUAAUUCCAGGAAAGAAUAACAAAUCAUCAGAUGCUCCGAUUCGGAUUCGACUCGGGCGCAACGUAUUUUUGGAGUGACCUUCUUUUUUUUGCUCGCGCUUUUCGGUCGUGAAGUGUUGGGACCGUCUUUUUUACUCGUUAAACUGAUCCCGCCUUAUGAUGUGAAGCGGCAAGUCAUAUUUUACCCCUUGCGCAGAAUAUCCUAGGUACGCCAGUGGUCUUACUUUAUUAGGGGAGCUUUUCCUCAAUAAACUGUGAACAAAAUGGACAAAACUCGAUUGCUCAAAAUUGUAAUUUCAUGAAAUGUUUGAUAUGAAGGAGCAUAAGAUAAAAAAUAAGACGCGCAAAAUUUCAACCGCAUGAAUUACAUGAUAACAAAUAAACAUGAUAACUACACCUAGCUGAUUCCAA